UCGAGGUCUCGAGAGCUCGGCCAACAAUGGCGCCGACGCGGGCGCGCGCGACGAUCCACACCUCUUUCCUUCUCCUCCUCCUUGUAAUCUUCUUGUCUUGCGAUCUCCUCGACCGGAUCAUAGCCUCUUCCGGAGAGGCAAGUGAAGAAGAGUUCACUGAGGAGCUGCUGCUGAAGCCAUUGCCGGACAAGAAGAUCCUGGCCCAUUUCCACUUCCAGAGCACAGUCCCCCCAUCUGACUCCAUUGGCCACCACCAUCAUCUCUUCCCCAAGGCCAUCGCACAGCUGGUAAAGAAGUUCCAUAUCAGAGAACUUGAGUUGUCUUUCACCCAGGGUCGUUGGAACUACGAAAGUUGGGGUGGAUCUGAUCCAAUGUCAAACAUCAAUGCCAAGCCCCCUGGAGUUGAGAUGUGGGCUGUCUUUGAUCUUCCAGUAAAUGAUAUUAAUGAGAGCUGGAAAGGUCUUACCCAUGCUCUAUCAGGCAUCUUCUGCUCUUCUGUCAAUUUUCUCGAGUCUUCAACAGCAUAUUCUGCACCACAUUGGGGGCUGCGUACAAAUUCAAGUUCCAUGAGGUAUGGGGCAUUGCCUCGUGAAGCAGUUUGUACGGAGAAUUUGACUCCUUGGUUAAAACUACUUCCUUGUCGAGACAAAGCUGGUUUAGCUUCUUUGUUAGACAGGCCUUCUAUUUAUAAAAGUUAUUACCACUCUCAAAGAUUGCAGUUAUUUUCAUCUGACGCAAGUGGUAUAAUUCUUGAUCAAACACUCACUGUAGUUCUCCAACCCAAUGUGCAAAGGAAUGGUAUGCCUAAUUCUUAUGAUAGAUUCCUUCAACCAAAUUGGUCUAUUAUGUCAAUGUUUAAAAAGAAGGUUACUGGACAAUGUGCGCUUGCUAAAGCAAGUUCAAUAUUCAUUGAACUGGAAGAUGGUUUGGCUACUGAACUUGAGAAACUGGGAGCUGGAGAAUCAUGGAAUAAUUUAGCUUUUGACCUGUCUGUUGCACCAGACAGGGUGAUUAAAGAGCACAAUUCUAUGGAGGGUAAAAGCAGUUCAAUACUGUAUGAGUUCAAAGUUGUGAAAUACAGCAAGUAUGAACCUCUUGAUGUGGGGAUCAAGUGGAAGCUUCCUUUAGUCUGGUCAUGCCCCGAGGCACCAUUCCAUGCAAGGAGGUUUCUAAUGGGAAGUGGAAAUGAGAGGGGCUCCAUUGCUUUCUCAUUGCAGCCAACUCAAUCUCGUGACCAGUUCUUAAGUGAUUCCCACAAAUGUACAGUUCGUGCUGUUAUUUUUCAGGUCGUCCCCUGGUAUGUUAAAGUUUACUAUCAUACACUUCAAAUUUUUAUAGAUGGGAGGUCUGUGCCCGUUGUAGAUGUGGUUGAGAAGAUAAGUGUAUCCCCUUCUGAAGACAAGGUUUCUCCUGGGUCAUUGCAAAUGAUGCUUAGAUUCCCUUGUGAUAUGAACUCAACUGCAUUGGCAAUGGACUUUGACAAGGGAUUCUUACACAUUGAUGAGUAUCCACCAGAUGCUAAUCAAGGAUUUGACAUUCCAUCAGCUGUAGUUAGUUUUCCUGAUUUCUAUUCAAGCAGAAGCUAUCUUGAAGGCAACUGCUUAAAACACCCCCCUCUGCUUCUUAAACUUCAGAAGAGAACUGUCUUACAGUCCUACACUGAAGUUCUGCUUGUGCCUUUGACCACUCCUGAUUUUAGCAUGCCUUAUAAUGUGAUCACCUUCACAUGCACUGUAUUGGCAUUAUAUUUUGGAUCAUUGCUCAAUGCCUUGAGGAGAAGGAUUGGUGAGGAAGAGCGAUUGCUAAAAAGCAAAGACUCCAAGCAGGUUGGGCUUAUACCCAGAUUAUUGUCUAAGUUGAAAGGACGGACUCUAGAAUCACACCAAUCCUCGUCAGGCUCCACUGCAUCAUCUAAACCGGGGGCCAAGUGGUUAUUCAAAGUCAUAUUUGUUGCUAUUUUUGCCGUUCUUUGGCAUUACUACUCCAAUAUAGAUUAAUUUCUGGCUGAUUCUACACAAUGUGCACAUGCCAUUAGAAGUCACUUGAGGAUGCUGAUUGCCGACAAACUAUACUUGAUCAGAGAAAUUGAAAACUGUUGUUAUUAGAUGAAGAAAUCUUUUAAGUUCAGCUCAUGUGGUGAUUCAGGAAGAAAAUCACCUUGGCUAUGUUGACGAAGGCAUGGAAUUUCUCGAAUGUGUACAAGGAUCAUUUGGUUGAGCAGGAUCAGUUUUGUUGUUCAGGUCCCUUUUUUAAGUCAUGAUGAAAUCGGUGGCCUUGCAAUCGAGCUAUUAACCUUGAUAGAUUGCCAGAAAGCCUGAUUUAUUUUAUUUUACUUUGCUUUAUUUUCUUCCUUUUUGAACCUAGACUAUCUAUUUGUGAAAAGUUAAAACUAUGUUAACAAUGUAACAUAUGAAUUCAGAGGAAAUAUAUUCCAUGGUGUCACUGCCAAGUUUUCUGA